AUGGCUGCUUACACUGGUAGAGACAUUGCCUUGUUCAUUAUUGCCUUCUUCUUUCCUCCUGCUGCAGUAGGAAUCAAAACUGGAUGUAGCGUUGAUUUGUUGAUCAAUAUCUGUCUUUGUGCUCUUGGCGCUAUUCCUGGUAUCAUCCACGGCUUUUACAUUGUACAUAAGUACAACGAACGUAUUGAAGACAUUGAAUCAGGAGGCCUUCGUUAUGAAAGAGUCGCUGUUGAUGAACCUCAAAGAGUUGCAUAUGGCGCUACUGCGCCUACUAAUUAA